AUGCGCCUAUGCCGCCGAACCGCGACAAAGUUCCUUGCUCCCUCUUUCUCUUUCUCUCUGUCUCUCUCCCAUGUAUGCUCUGUGGAUGGAGUACUUUGUAGUGUAAGUGGGAAAGUUCCCUCGCUGUGCUGGCAACCUGGGCCUGCCUUGCAAGCGCAACGGGUCUCGGCCGGGCCCUGGACCUGCAAUCCCAAAUGUCCAUGGCAUUUCUACACUACGGAGUACUACGUAGAGACUAGACUCUCUCUCAUAUUCCAUGGAUGA